UAAGUGGCUAGAUGGGAGCAAUUGUCUGGGAUUGAAGCCACAGUUGGGAGGGUGUACAAGUGCAGUAGGAACCAGCAGUCAGCAGCGCUAGCGUUGUUGUUGAGGCCAAGGAAGAUACACUCAUGCUUUUUUGGAAGGUGUGAACAGUAAUAAAUGAAGAAAAGUUGUAUAUAAAACCUGCAUAUAGUGAAGAGUCCUACAAGAUUAUCACGACUAGAAUUCCAAUUGUCUAAGUGAACAAGAAGGUCAUGAGUGACUAAGUGAACACACCUCCAUCUAUAAGGAAAAUGAAAUGAGAGUGUAAAUAUAUUAAAAGCUCAUAAAAGUGUUAAGAGAAAAUAUUAGUAAUAUUUUCUACUAAAAUGUUGCGUACAUCCAUUUCUUCUUGUGGUGUCCUUGGAAGAUUGAAGACCAAUGUCAGUAAACUUUAUAUGCUGUGCUCAUCACAAGUUGCCAACUCGAGGCGCGGUUUGUCACUCUCAUGUCAGACUUAUGAAAGCAAAAAGGAUGAUGAGGAUUUGGGUACAGAAAAAGAAAAGGUGGAACAGAAGUUUCGAAAGUAUGAAUACUCAAAUCCAUAUGAAAGGGCUUUUGGAAUAUUAAAAGAUGAUGUUGUAAGCUUUUAUAAAAAGCGCAAGAAAUUCUUUGAGGACAUAACAACCAGAGCACGGAGCAAUGCAGAAGCUAAAGCAAAACCAGCACCCAAAAACACAUAUGGUUUUGAGCCCAGUGGUGCAGAUGUGGGAGAAAAUGUAUGGCCAUCUUUUUGUGAUGUGCUGGUGGUGGGAGGAGGUGCCAUGGGGUCCUCUGUUGCCUACCACCUCAAGGAGAAGGCACGGGGUGGGCUCAGCGUGGUGGUUGUUGAGGAAGACCCAGGUUACAAGAAGGCCUCCACGGUGCUGUCGGUGGGUGGCAUCCGGCAGCAGUUUAGCAUCCCAGAGAACAUUCAGCUCUCCAUGUAUGGGAUGGAGUUCCUGCGCAACAUUCCUGAGCUGCUGGAGGUGGAGGGCUUGGAUACCCCAGACAUUCAGUUCAAUCCCAAUGGCUACCUCACACUGGCAUCAGAGGAAGGAUACGAGCAACUCAGACAAAAUUAUGAAUUACAAAUAGAUAUGGGAGCAAAAGUGUCCUUCCUCACUAAUACAGAGCUUUCCAAAAUGUAUCCAUGGCUGAAUGUUUCUGGUGUUGCAGCAGGAGUCUUGGGGAGAGAAAACGAAGGCUGGUUUGACCCAUGGAGUUUGUUGAUUGGUCUGCAACGAAAAGCCAUCUCUCUCGGGGCACACUACAUCAAUGGGAAAGUGACCAGCUUCUCUGGAGAGACCAUGGAUGACAUGAUUCUGGAGGGAACACAACAGUCAAACAUCAAACGUAUCACCACUGCUGAGGUGACUUUGCCCAGCGGAGAGACUCGCACCAUCAACUUUGCCAUCCUGGUGGCAGCCAGCGGGGCGUGGACGGGAGAGCUUGGUCGUAUGGCAGGGAUAGGGGAGGGGCCAGGCAUCCUCAGUGUGCCCAUCCCUAUUGAGCCCAGAAAGCGUUACGUGUAUUGUGUCCAUGCCCCAGAUGGUCCAGGCCUUCAUUCACCCUUAUUGGUUGACCCUAAUGGAACAUACUUCCGACGAGAAGGCCUGGGAGGCCUGUACCUGUGUGGACAGUCACCGCCUGAGGACAAAGAGCCAAACGUGGACAACCUUGAUGUUGACCAUAGCUUUUUUGAGGACAACAUAUGGCCAACCAUAGCCCAGCGAGUCCCUGCAUUUGAAAAACUGAAGCUCCACAGUUCCUGGGCUGGCUACUACGACUACAACACCUUUGACCAGAAUGGUAUCAUUGGACUUCAUCCUCUCUUCUCCAACUUCUUGAUUGCCAGUGGCUUCAGUGGGCAUGCCCCCACACUUCCUGGAGGAGUGACUCAGCCGCUUGCAGGCAUCCAGCAGGCACCAGGCAUUGGCCGGGCAGUCAUGGAAUGCAUAAUGUAUGGCGGCUACGAGACCAUCAACUUGGAGCGGUUUGGCUUUGAAAGAGUUUUGGCAAAGGUUCCUCUCUUUGAGUCAAAUAUUGUAUAGUUCUAUCAGUUGUAUUCUGUAAUCCAGUUCAGACUAAUAGGUUCUGUUUUAUUUUGUUAAAUUAAUAUUUGCGUGCCAGAUAAAAUUUUAUCUUAAUUUUAAAUGCCUUUGUCAUAACUUCAUAAAAUCAUUAUAGAGACCCUCUCUCUGGAUCAGAUAAAUUUAUGCCUUCACACCUAAGGUAUUCUGCCUAAGGCUUACUUCACACAGUUUUUUUAUUUAUAUAUUUAAUUUUUCAUUUCCCAUGCUGUAACAGUAUUGUUUAUAAAUCACUGAAAUGUAAUGAGACUGUGCACAUAUGAGUCACUGCGUGCAGAAGGUGCUCAACCUGCAUUUGGCCAUUUUUUUGUUUUUUUCACAGGAGAUUGUUGUGAUACCCCUCCUUUAUCAUCUGGCAAUAAAGAAAACAAGAUUUUUUUUUAUCAUCCUGCCUCUUUAUUUUCAGUGAACGAAUUUUUGAGAGUAACGAAAAGAAAUUAAAAACAAAAUAAUGCAAAUCAUAAUAUUCAUAAGAAAAUAAAUUGUAAUAAAUACAUGAAGUUUACAUUAUGUAUUUAUUCUUAUCUCAUUUACCUAUUAUUCUGUAACAUUCUUUCAUGCAUUAGCUAUUUUUAAAUUCUAAGUUGUUUACAUGGAGUGUAAAAAAUUAAAUUUUUUACACUCCAAUUAAAUUAAAAUUAAAUUUUUUACAUGCAAAAAUAUAGAAUGAAAUAUUAAUAAAAAAAAUCUCUUUAAAAGCUUUACAAUGAUAUAUAUAUAUAUAUAUAUAUAUAUAUAUAUAUAUAUAUAUAUAUAUAUAUAUAUAUAUAUAUAUAUAUAUAUAUAUAUAUAUAUAUAUAUAUAUAUAGGUGUUCUAUGCAUAAAUUACAUCUAGAGCAAUCCUCCAUCUUCUGCUCUCAUAUACUAAAAAAUGUAAAAAAGGUUGAGCCUCUUCUGCAUGCAGCACCUCAUAUGUCCAUGUGGCAGAGAUCUACCUGCCACAUCUACCACCAGACUGUCUGGUGUCUACAUUUUCUGCAGUGCUGCAGGUAAACUUUACCCAACAAAACUACUUGUGUGAGGACACAGCUUCCUGACACCAUACUACAUAGCUAUCUUACUGUUUGGGAAAAAGUAAAUUCUGCAGUAUUCCUUCUAUUGUCCAUAGAUAAAAAAAAAUGUUGUGUAACAUGGAAAGUCACAAGAGAGAUCAUAAAUAUGUAGCAUGGACAUUAUCUUGAGCUGUGUUCUUAAGAUGUUAAAUUGUGACCAAGUUUUAUUUUUAUGCAUUGUCUUUGUCUUGAUCUUGUUAUAAAUCUGUUGUGCUGUACAUCUUAGUAUCUGCUGCCCUUCACUGAUGUAUAUUGUGAUUACCUCAAAUACAGGUCAUAGGCAUUAUAUGGUAUGAAAGAUCUAUCUAUUUAUGAACUAGGAUGGCAAUCCCAUGUGGUGUGGACCAGACAAACCACCACACACACACACACACACACACACACACACACACACACACACACACACACACACACACACACACACACACA